AUGACUGUAUUUUCUAAAAUACUACCUUACUUUACCACUACCCUUUCUUGUCACGAGUUAGCGCAUACAUGGACUCCAUCUUGCUCGAGUGCUUCUGCCGAGGUCUUUCGAUCAUGCUUCAUCGAAUCCCUGAAGAUUUACGGUCUUCUGUAUUUGGUAAGUUAGCGGUACAAAUACUACGCAAGUAUGACAGAUGUGUAAGAGCAAGUUUAUGUAAUUCAGGCAAUUAAAACGGAUCGGAAUAACUGCAGGCUGUCAUUUCGACUGCGUUUAUACUGAAAAAGAAAGUUUACAUAUUGCAGAAUACCCGGCACUCUAAAUGCCUAACUUAAAAAACUGCUCCAGCAGUCCCACAGGAGUCCGAUUUGCGUAAUAACUUCUGACAUUGUUUGCGGGACUGCGAGACUACGGGAGCACUAGUAUACCUCCUUCUAUAAGCACACUAGUUAUGUACUUGACAUCGACUGUGGGAGUGUGGGACUGCGGGAGCACUAAUAAUUUGUAUACCAACUUAAUAUUCACUUUUCAGGGACUGCGGGGGUGCGGGACUGCAGUAGCACUCAAUAAAAUAAUAAUAAUAAAAAUAAUGAUGAUGAUGAUGGUGAUUAUAUUUUUUAUUACCUGCGGAACUGCAGGAGCCCUCAAUAAAAUAACAAUAAUAACUAAGAUUCAAGUAUUCAGCAUAAUAAAACUCGACUGUGGGACUUCGGGAGCAGUUUUUCAAGUAAGACAUUUAUUUAAUGGUCCGGGUAUUCUGCAAUCACAAUAGUAAGCAGUCAGGCUAUUGAUGACGUGUCAUAUCAUAUGCUCCUAUAAUAUUCACUGAAUUUCAGGUUUGAGAACUUGUGAACAGACUCGUGGUACAUAGUAGUCGUUAUGUAAUAGCCUGCAUAACAGUGUUCACCUUGCUUGGCUAACCAAGUGCCUUUUAUGCAGGCUAUUCUGUGAUGACAAGAUUUGAAGAUUUGGCAGACAAUAAAGCAUAGAAAAAAAUGCUGUAUCUGCUAAAAAGCAAUUACCAAUUUGACAGUUCCUGGUUCUAGAUGGUGUACAAAGCCAUAUCCUAUACAAGACUCAAACAGUUAAAAUCUCUGCCCAGCAAUUUCAGAUCAAAAGGGAUCAAAACUGUAUGCUUUCAGGUACUCUACAUGUUUAGCUUAUGUACAUGUAGACUCUAUAAAGGGAGAUCACCCUGUUAACCCAAGCCAACACUGAGGGCAGCAUAGAGGUAACCUAGGAUGGAGGGGGGUGGCUAGAAGGUCUUAUUAAAAUUUUAUACCUUAAAAAACCUUUCUGUGAAACUAAUGAUAUUGUACUAAGCACUUUCUCUAAGGCCUGUAGUUUAUACAAGUGUAACAAGCAUGCCACAAGAUUGUAGGUAAGGCAUGCAAUGUUUGGUAAAAUAGCAUUUGCUCUGUGGCAGCUUUCAUAACAAAAUUGGUGCUAUUUGUUUCUAAUGUAUUAAUAGAGGCUCCUAGAAUCCUCCAUCCGUGGUGAAGACUUCAGUUUUUUGCUGAAUUAAUAUUCUUAUUGGUUUCAGGUUGGUGGUAUUUUACGAAGAGCAGGAAUGAAAUACUUCAGAGUUAAUUAUUUACUGGACGUUAUUAGGUCAUCGUUGUUUUUGGCAGUCAAUGGAGGGGGAUUGGUUGUUAAUGUUUGCUUGAUAAGGUUGGUCAUUGUUGUGCACUGGGUCUUUCUGACCAUCUUGUUGUGUCUAUCAUGAUUCUAAGCACCAGGUAUCACGAUUUUCACAGAGAAAAAAGUUUUUGCAGGUGUUUUGACAACCUUUGAAGAAAACAUUAGAGCUAGCCAUGUAUUAAAGAGACAGAGCAUGUGUUCCUUUGUGACGAUCCGGAUCAGGGUGAGUGAUCUGAGAUCACUUGGAUCAUAGCACAUAGUAACCGAUGAAUCCCCUAGCCUCUGGAAAAGGAUUGAUUGGUUUUUUCAAUGUACAUUGUACCAUGAUCCCAGUGAUCUCAGAUUAUUGAUCAUGAUUUGGAUCAUCCCAAAGGAAUUCACCCAGACAAUCUAGGAAACACAUACUGGUAAACUAAACUAAUACAGUAUGCCAGCUCUCUCAGAUUAUGUCUCCUGAAUACAGAGCACAUUUCUUUUUCUUCUAUGUUGGUCACCAAUACUGUAUCUUGAGUUUUUUCUGUACCAUAGGCUAAUGUAAGCUUAACCCUUUAGGUCCCAAGAGUGGCCAACAUCAAUCUUCUUCUUUUUUUUUUUGUAUUUUAAUGAAUUUUUAUUUUGUUAUGUAUUACAUUUUUGUACACACUGACUUAUGAACACGUCGCAAAAAUACAAAAAACGGAAAGGAAAACUAAACAUUUAUACAUCGCAGACUAACACACAAUACUUACAAAAAAAGAAACAAACAAAACAAACCCCAGUACCUUCUUUUCUAUUUACAUGAAAAAAAAGUAAAAUAAAAUAAAUAAAAAAUAAAGAUUAAUAAAUGUAGUAAGCAGAGAAGAGAUCUAUUAAGAAGACAGUAUUAAUUUUGGAAUGAAGAACUCUAAUGGAGGGAGGAUAUUUGUUCUGUCUACAAGAGUAUAGAUAUUGUUUUGCCAGUAAUAAAAUAUGAUUCACAAAUAUCUCUUCCUCGCGUCCAAUAAAUACCAAACAGUAUAUCUUUAUCUGAAAGAUUUUCAAUCUUGACCUUAUGAUCAACAAGCCAUUUUAUAACCUCAGACCAGAAACAUCAAUUUUCUCCUAACAACAUCUGCAGAUCAACAAGAGUUAAAGUUAUGAGAAUUACUUAAUAGAUUACCAAAUUAAGGGAGAAUACUUUGAUCGUGAACCAAAUUCUCUCAACUAUUCUUACAAGAAAUGUAUGAAGAUCAGUCUGGAGAAUUUGUAUGUGGAUCUUUGGGCUCGAGUUCCAUGCAUUCUUUUCCCACUCACAGAAUUGUUUGCUUUAUUUCUGCCAUACAAGCAUCUGUUUGAUUCGAUCAAAAUUGGGAUGAAUUGCCGUUGGGUCCAGGGUUGAUAUUGGUGUUGGGACAGUGGAAGUCUCCAAAUUUCCAAGACAGAGUUUGCAGUGUCUGAAAAUUUUGUAUCGGCAUUUGAAGUUAACAUGCAUUCUUAUACCAGUUUAUGUAACAUUAGUUAAUUCUGUUUUUGUUGUUUAGGAAACUUUUUGGCUCUUUCAACUACCUGUCUAUGAUAUUUGUCCCUGGUCUCAUAGCAUCUCUUAUGGCCAUUCUAAUUGAGAAAAAAGGGAGACGAAGCACUCUUGCACUUUAUAUGACAAAUUUGGUAAGUGCUUUUUUGCAGUAAAAACAAUGAAGUUCCUCUUUCUUUUUUAAGUGAAAGGGGCAGAAAGGAAUGAACCUUGAAAUAUUUAUUGAAACAAGCCCACAAAGGAAAGUGAAUACAUGUUUCAAAACCCUUUCCUUGAAAAAGAUGAUUUGUUAUAAGUUUUUGUUGGUGAUUCAGAUACUAACAGAAUCUUUCUCUGUUAAAGCUUGCCAUUCAGAGACCAUACACUGUAGUUAUACCGUAUAAGAAACAUCACCUUUUUUAGCAUACUUAUUUGGUAUAUGUUAAUCUUACUUUAAGAUUCUUAAAUUCAAUGACCAACUUAUUCUGAUCGAGCCAUGUGUUGGUUUACAUGUGCCGUAUUUUUAUUGAACAUGCAAACAUUUUACCCAGUUUCUCCUGGGAAUUUUGCCGAGAAACGUGUUUUGAAGCUAGUUGAGCUGUUUUCUAGUCACUGUCUGGUUUUAAAGAGCUGAAACUUGCCACAAAUCCAUCUUUGUGGCCUUCUGAUCCAGAUGAAAAAUAUUCACCUGAAGUUGGGGCAUGUGCAGAAAACAAGCCGCUUUUUGGGUUUAAAAGACACACAGCAGUCUUUACUUUUUGUUUUCUCUUUCUCUCCUCUCCUCUUCUUUUGUUUUUCUUUCUUCAUUUUUCCUUUUGCUAGACAUUUAGUAGUCUACAAGCAGGUGGGAAAAGUUUUUGGGAAAGCUAUUAGGAUCUUGGUGACUGGGUAGUGAAACAAGAUUUUCAUGGGAAUUUUCAGGUCAAUGUUACAUAGUUUUUUGCCUUUUUCUCUGGCCUCCUUGACUGAAUCGUGCUCAUUCUAGUGUAGUUUGAAAGACCUCUUCACCCUGCACAAGUUGACUGUUAAAGCUGUUGACGUCACUGGAGGUAGAAGGGGCAUGGAUCCACACAGGCAGUUAUGGGUGGUUCAUGGGCAAAUUAGUAAAGUGAAGUAAAAGAUAAAUUGGUGGGUUAUUAAUUUCAAAUUAGUGUUAAUGCUAAUAAUAAAUUAUGUUUUUGUUGUAGGCCACUGAAACAACAUAUAAUAUGCUGAAGGAAAGAAGCCUUAUUAAACCUAUUCCAAAUGGAGAGGUAAAACAAAUAUGUACAGCUUGUAAAUUGCAAUGUUUUUUGUCUGGGUAGUGGGGGCAGUUAAAGAAAGCUAAUUAUUGGAAUGCUGGUGCUGCUGACACCUUCAAGCCCUGACCCUUUUUAAGACAAAGUCUUUUCUCAUUAUAUUUCUUUGUUUCCUGUGUUGUUAGAUUAUACUAUUUUGUGCAUCAACUGCCACCAUGAUGUAUCUUUACAGGUAAGUGCAUUAGGCUAGUUAGUGUUUUCAUCUGUUUCUCUGUAUUUGGAACCCAUGAUGAAGCACAAAGCCUGAGUUUUUUAGAUGUCUUCUCAAGUGAAACAAUACGAAGUUAUGCAAUGGCAUGAUUUCUCAGGUAUUGCACUGUUUCCAUGUGUUGUGUUAAUCAAUAGAACAUCUCAUUAAAAUUCAAGUGCAUACUUGCCAACUCUCCUCAGGUUUUCGCGGGAGUCUCCAAGUUUUUCAUCAGAUCUUCCGGGAAACACCUACCAUGGCCUUUUUCAAAAUGCUUUCUUUAAUUUCAUUAUUUUCGAGAUGUCCAAAAGGAAAAUAAAACAAGAAGUGGAUCUAGUGCUAUUAUUUAAGCUGUUCUCGAUGAGAAAAUGUAAAAUGAUAUAUAUUUAACGAGUAUCAUAAUUAGUCAGAGAUCAACAAAUCAAAUUGCACAAUACGUGGUAGAAAGUUGGCACGGUUUUCACACGCUGUUAUUGAUGUCAAGAACAUUCAGAAGGCCUUUUGGUGAUUUUUGGAGAGCUUUCAGACAUUGUCGAAAAUGACAUUCUUACAAUGCAAAGAUUUCUAGAGGUCUCCAGAUUUUUGUACUCCGGGGGUUGGCAGGUAUGCAAGUGUUUGAUUUCAGACGAAAAAUUGAUAUAUUUCAUCUCAGAUGAAAACCUGGUGGUGUUUUAUCCAGUGUUUUAUAAGUUAUCAAGAUUCAUCCACCUGACCCAAAUGGUCGUCAUUUAUUGGUUUUUGAUGGCAUGAAUAAUUAAUGAGUUUGAGAAGGAUGAGAAUCUCUUUAAAAACACGGAAUGUUAUAAUAAAUUUGAUUCACACAACACAAGAUGAGGAGGCCAUGAAGUAAGUUAAGGAAAGUGAUUGUUUGAAAAUUAUUGCUUGGAAAAUAUUCCAACUCCAAGACCCCGCAUUCCACCCCCCCCCCACCCCCCCCCCCCCCCCACCCAAAAAACCACCCCACCAAAAAAACACCAUACCCACUUUUUUUUUUUUUUUUUUUUUAAAAUAAAAGUCGCACCUGUGUACUAGUAAUUAUCAACUGUCAUAACAUAGUUUUUUAUAUAACAAAUUGUAUCACCAAAACGAAGACUACGGGAGCCUAUAAUAAGUUAAGAAAGAUGUUGUGUUGAAAAGUAUUGCUUGGAAAAAAUCUCCACUCCCAGACCCCCCCCCCCCCCCCCCCCCCCCCCCCCCCCCCCCCCAAAAAAAAAUGCGGAGAAAAUUAUCAAACUGUUUUAACUUUAUUUUUUGUCUUCCAUUAGAAAGAAGGAUGGUCUCACUGAUGGAUUAGUGAAUGCCUUAAUUAGGUAAUUUUUUUAUCAUAAUUAAAGCUAUUGAAAUCAAUGGAUUUUAUCUUAAUAGUCAACUAAAUUAGGUGAACAGGUACCUAACACCCACUAGGUAGCUAUUUUUGCCUAAACCCCACUAGUUUCUUUUUACCUGAUGUUGCCAUGGUAAUUUAGCAUUGUGAGACUACGCAGGGAACACCACAGUACCUUGAUAACUAAUUGUUACUGGGCCCCUUUUGCCACACACUGGACCCUGCUGCUCGAACAGUGGAUAACACUAUCCACUAAAUAAAUCCCCAUCCAGUGAAUAAUGUAAUUAUUGGUUUCCUUAUAAUCCUGAUUAGCUGGAUAGUGAUUUAUACAGUGGAUAGUGUUAUCCAAUGUUUGAACAACGCGGGGCCUGAACCAGUGGGGAAAGAGACAAGGUCUGGGACUGAGAAAUGAUGUUCUCAUAAUUUGCAAAGUGGUCACCUUCCAUUGUGGUCAGCAGAUAAUUGCAGUAUUUUCCCAAAGUAAAUAUUUUUAAAUAAUUCAAUAGUUGAAAAAAUAAUAUCAUGGCUGUUUGUUUUUCUCGCAUAUCGUAUUUGUCCUUUGGUACUGAAAUUGCAAAAUGCAAGUGACAGUCACUGCAACCAUAUAUUCUUAAUCGAAAACAAAGCAAAAAAAAAAAGGACAAGACAAGACCCUUGAUGAUCACCUUGCAAGUUGUGAGAAUAUCGAUUGCAUUUAAGAGAAUGUAUGAGAAGUAGCCCCCCCCCCCCCCCCCCCUAACCCCCCUUGGGGGGAGGUCGCCCCCCUGGUUUUUUACAAAACUUUUUUUAAAAACCCCUGGGGGUUUUUUUUUUUUCCCCCUUUUUUUUUUUUUUAAAAAAAAAGGAAAGGGAAGGAGAAAGAAAGAAAAAAAACACCACAUAUUGAGAGAUGUCCGUUGGGAACUAAAAUUAAAAAAGAAAAGGGACAUAACUAGCACAAAAUAUUUUUAAAAGAAAAAAAAAAAAAAAAAAAAAGGAGAAAACAAGACCCUUGGUGAGUACCUUGGAAGUUGUGAGAAUAUCGAUUGGAUUUAAGAGAAUUUUUGAGAAAUACCCCCCCCCCCCCCCCUGGUCUGAACCCUUGUAGGGUAGACUGCACCCCUGUGAUUUACAUACAAUCUUUUUGAAAACCACUGUGGGUUCUUAAUUACUUCCCCUUUAUAUUGUUUAUAAGAAAGAAGGAUGAAGGAGAUGAAGAAUGAUAAUAAUGACCCCUAAUUAGGGAGCUUUGUCGUGUACUUUAUAAAAAUUCAAGCAGUGGUUGGGCAUUGCCACCAAAUUGAGUGAAACAUAAAAAUAAAUGCGUAAAACAUAAAAAGAAGGUAAAGUGUAACACUUUCUAAAAAAAUCAUUGUUGAUGUUUUUAAUGUUAAUGUAAAUUGCUUGUAAGACAUAUCUUUUUGACCCAAAGCUGAGGUCAAUUUUCAUUGACAAGUAAUUUCGCAAAUUCACAGCGAAAUUUAAUUGGCGUAACAAACAAAAAUGAACCAGACAGCCAUGACAGAGCCCCUUAAAUGUGACUGCACAAUAAUGUGAUCAUCUGAACCAAGACAUGGUCUUAAUGACACCAUCAGUAUAAGACAGACACCUCGCUAAAAUGGACACCCCUAUAAGACAGACACCUUGCUUAAACAGACACCUCUAUAAGAUGGACACCUACAGUUAGUCCCUGCUUUUCUUUACUCUUACUCUGUGAGACAGACAUCUCACCAAGAUGGACCCAUCAUGCCUGUCCAGUCUGACUAAUAAUCCUAGUUAGGCUUGUUACCAGAUUGUACAACACCCAUUUUUUUUCAGGUAUUUCCUUGGUUCAAAUAAUUCUGGACAUCGUCAAGAAAUUAGUGGUACAGAGCAGAGUCAACUAAUGGAGAGAAAAAAGUAUAAUAAUGAUUGGCAUAUUAGCUGGUAAGUGACAAUUUUGACUUUUAUUUGGCCAACAUGAGUUUGCUAUUGGAAGGUCUAUUUAUAAUAAUAGGCAGAUUUUGGAAUGUGGCUCCAGACUAGCAAUAAUGAUUAAUACCCUCUCCAUAAUGGCCACUGUUCCACAGCAGCCACCCUCUCUACAAUGGAAAUGACCACUAAAAGGUGUCCCCAACUGCCAAUAACCUCUUGAGAACCGGCAGUUUCUCAGCGACUGAUGAAAAAGCCAGGAAUGGUCAUUGUAACAUACUUAUUACGUAUAUUGCGAACCUUGUAUCAGGGUGCAAAGAAAAUCAUUUUUACAACUUCCCAUUCGGGCAAGCUGAAGCUAGCAUUUACUAGCGCAGACGGCAUUUCAACUAGCCCCAAAAGCUUUUUGACAAGCAGAAUUGAUUUCACAGUUCUUCUGUUAUUCGAAUUCCUCAAAAAACAUCACUUGCCUGUCAGGCAAGUUAAAAACAUAAUUCACUAGCCCGAUAGCAAAAUCCACUAGCCCCGGACUAUCGGACACUACUUUCUUUGCACGCUAUUGUAUGUUUGGCCACAUUAACUUUUUGAUUCCCAUCAUUAUUCAAGUUUUUUUCGUGUAUUUUAUCUCUAAAUAUAUUUACAAAUGCUGGGUUGUCAUUAUGGGAUAACAGCUGUAAGCAUGAACUUAGCUUAAUAAUCAUGUUGUCCUUCCUUACAAAAAUUUGUCACAUAUUACACCCCUACCGUCCCCGUAAUGGCCACCUUUCCACAAUGGCUACUUUCUUCUGUCCCUAAGGUGGCGAUUGUGGCAAGGUUUGACUGUAAUCUUAAUUCUUCCCAUGAUAAUUAAAAGACGUAUCUUAAGUUAUAUAAAUCAUAUAAUUAAAGAAAAAGAUUAAUGUUUUCAUUUAUUUAUAUUAAUUUAUUUAAUAGCUUUUAACAAAAUUAAUGAUUUUGAUUUUUUAGGCUACAACCAACUUUAAAAGCCCUUGGUACUGGUUAUCUUAUUCAGCUGAUGCUUAUGCUUGCAGGACAAAUCAAAUUUAUUGUGACAAACCCAAGUAAGUUUAAUGACACUUAAAGAUUUAUUUUUUUGUGUUUAUGAUAUCUGUGACUUGCCUGCAACUUGUCAUGCACUUCUCUCAUACUCUGAGGAUGAGCUGGGGUUGAGGGAUGAGGGAAAGUAAAAAAUGGUGUAUGUUUUACAAGCCAAGUUUGAUUCCAGUUAAUUUUGACUACCUGGGUUGAUUCUCAUUUUCGUUUAUCUCUUAGCCCUUGCAGACAAGGAAAUUGAGAGUCAACUAACAUUGAAAAAGUUUAACCUACAAAAUUUUGACCUAUAAUAUUUUAUGGGAGCAAUGUUAGCACAGCAUAGCAAAGGUGCUUCAGCUGAGUUUGGUUUUCCUGUGGUCACCAGCUUUAGUUUAGUUUUUCCUUUCUCAAUUAUUAUUAUUUUUAUUGUUUUGUUUUUUUUUUUCAUUCUUAAGGGAGGCUAUUAAGAACAUUUUACCACAAGGACUGCAUUAGAUGUGGCCUAUUUCUUGGAUCUUUUGUAGCAAUUUUUAAGGUUUGUAGUCUUUGUUGACUUGUUUUCCCUGCAUUUUACCCCAAGGAAGACAACAAUUUUUGAAUCUUGUUUUUGGAAAAUUUUGUUUUGUGCUUGAAGACCCCCAACAACAUCAUAGUUUUAUUGUGUUAUUAUUUUGUUGAUAAAUGACAGGAUUGCUCAUCACCUUCCCUCCCAUCCCCUCACCUCCCUCUUCGCCCCCACCUGUCCCCCCAUCCCCUAAGAUUUGAUUCUAAUUUUUCUGUUGAUGGUCAUGCAAUGGAAUGCUGCCUAAUGAUCAUUCAUUUUAUGUAACCUCCCUCAUUUAGCUUGGCCAGUGAAAAAAUCCAGUUAUUUUUAUGUGGAUCCUUUUUGAUACAUGACUUGAUUUUUGUAGCCUUACCGAGGUGACACUGAUGGGAUUUUACUGUACUUCUUACAACUCUGAUAUGACUAUAUUAUUUUACUUCAGAAUGUUGAGGGGGUACUUGGAAAUCUUAGAAAGAAAAGUGAUGAAAUUAAUGCCCUCUUUGCAGGUAAAACGAUAGACAGGCUAUCAAGAAAUAAGGUGUAAUAAUAAUGUUUUUAUACUUUGGUUAUGGCCAUCACAGGGCCAUGCUUGAGACUACGAUGGCAUCAAUAUGCACUGUGGGAGAUCAAUUAAUAAUAAUUUCUUCUGCCAUAUUACAUGUAUAAAUUUUUUUUCAGUUUUAUUUCCUUUCUCUUUUUUAGCGCAACUAUUAUUAUUACAGUUAUCUAAUACAUUAUAAUAUUCAGUACUGUAGCUCUGCCAUUGAUUUUUGCAUGUGUAAUUUUGUUUAUAUUUUUUUGUAAUAAUUCACUAAUGGAAACCAUUCCUUAUAAGCCAAGUGGUUUCUUUGACUUCCCGGCCAUUAGCUUUCGAAAUAAAUAAAAUUAUUGAGAAUGUCUUGUGUUUGUAUAUCCUAACCCUAACCCAAAACAAUAAAUUGAACUGAACUGAACUGAAUAACUAUGUUCUCCUUUAUAUUUUGGUGGGAAUACUGUGGCAAGCUUUUUUAAAAUGCUGAGAACUGUACAGACACUGCUAGUCCCUUCCCUAAAUUUUUCUUCAUCAGUUCUGUGAUGAUACAUGUAAAACUUUAUGAACAUUCCUCCAUCCCUCCCCCCCACACUAAGCUGAACUUCCCAGCCCUAACGUAUAAUUCUGCAUUUUUUUUCAGGUGGCUUAGCCGGGCUUUCUAUGAUGUUUUACAAAAGUUCCACGAUAGCAUUAUAUCUAGCUUCAAAAAUGUCUGAGGUAAGGUGAAAAAUUAUUGAUGUCUUAUAACUGGGCUCAGUUUUUUACAGUUGAGCCUUUUUUAAUAAGGUAUGACCACCUUUUUGGUAAGCAAGGGUGGUGCAGUGUUGAGAGCACAGGCCUCCCACUUAUUUGGUCAGGGGGAUAAAUCCCAGCGUGGACGCCAUAUGUGGGUUGAGUUUGUCACUGUUCUCUCCUUUGUUUCUAGAAGUUUUUCUCUGGGUACUCCGGUUUUCCUCUCUCCUCAGAAACCAAUAUUUCCAAAUUCCAAUUUGACCAGGAACCACUGUGUGGAUGUGCUACCACUUAAUCAUUAAUAUUAUUAUUAGUAGUAGUACUAGUGGUAUUGUUUUUCCCAAUCAAAGCACUUCAGUUGGAGCCUCCCUGUGAGGGAAUUCCUCCCUUAAGUGUCUGUGAGCCCUCAUAUGGCUAAAUAAUGGUAAAUGGUAAAUCUGCAUCGUUAAUAGUUUUGUGGUAGUGCAUUCAGCUACUCUUGCUAGUUUACGGGGGGCUCUACUCUAAUAAUUUCAAACUGUCAAAGUAGAACAUUGCAAAAUUAAGAAACCCAAGGCAGUUAGCAGGAGGCAAGGUUGACCAAGGAUUUGAUCUCGCAGCGAAAAAGAAAGUGCAGGCCUUGGUCUUGGGACCACAGGAUUGCAAGUCCUGAUGCUGCUAUGGCCACUCAUUUAUGCUGCAUUCAAAACACCGAGUCCAAAAUUUCAAGAAGAAAACACAUGUUUGUUGUUGAAGAUAAGAAUUUUUUUUGCACCCCGUGAACGGUUCUCGAAUACUCAGUGAUCAUGUUUUCUUGUUUUUCAUUGUAGAUUGUGUACAAGCAGGGAGUAUCAGCUGGGGUUCUUCCUUCUAUACCUUAUGCUGAAAUUCUUACUUACACCUUUUCAACAGCAUUCCUGUUUCAUGCGGUGAGGACGCAUUUUGUUUGAUAGUUUUUUUCAUUCUAAUUUUUGUAGUUAUAGUGUAUGAGCCAGGACCUCAAAAAUGGUCGAUUGGUACCAUUCAAACGGACAAAGACUUAUGCCUAUAAAAACCUAGGUUAUUAACCCAAGUUUUUAUUUUUGUGUGAUAGCACUGCACAAAGUGUCAUCUUUAAGCGUUACAUGCCGUUUUUCCCACCCUACCCCCCUAAGAGGACUUUUACUCACUUAGCCUACUGAACAUAAAGAAAAGCAUUUACAAGUAUGUUAUGAUCCAUACAAUGCCCAAUUUAUAUGCUCACGUCACACGUUAUUGACUUAACAAUCACUCUUAACCACCAAAUACACGUCAUAGUGAUCACGUGAUAGGUCGAAUUGCCAUAAAAUGCCAAAUAUACCGAACUACUGUUUUCAGAUUGGCAAAAAGAUGAAAUAUGUACCUUCCGAAGUAUUUUAAAAGUUAUCUCAAUGGUUCGACUUUACAUUUAACGUUCAAUUGUGCAAGCUGAUGCAAAUCCCUGUCUAAACAAUAAUAUUCUGCCGUAAUAUUCAUUUUUAAACACUCGUUCCCAGUCUCCCAGACUCGCGGCUCUAGCUAUUUUUGGCAUUGCUGCUUACGAUAUUGUUAAAAAACUUCAAUUUUUACUAAUUGAAGUAUAUUUUUCUGGGAAGGAAACUCAUCUUCAUGCAAAAAAGCGCAUUUUUCUUUAUUUGAAGAAACUUUCCUUUUAAGUUUUAGCUACUGCGGCAUGCAUUCCUAUUGAAAAUGGAAGUUGCUGUUUCUCUAACAACCCAGAAUAUUUGCAAUCUACAAAGUUCAUUAAAAGUCAUCAUCAUCAUCUUCGUCUGCUUCAUUAUCAAUAAUGUUUGAUGAAUCGUCUUGAGCUGGCUGGUUGGUGCAGUCGUUUAGCGAGCAGAGAUCCGUGCACUUCAAACCACUGUUCAUGCAAACACAACUUGGGAGUUCACAGGUCUUCUUACAUUUACACGCCAGCAGUUCCAGGACAGCAGAAGGAGCUGGCUGCCCGUCCAUCCAGUCGAUCACUAGUUCAGUGGAUGCAGCGUCAGUGGAGGUCUGUGUUAUCCACCCCAUACCAACUGGACUGGGAAUGUCUGGGUUAGCCUCCAGGCUCCGUCUCCAUAAAGCUGCAGGAGUGAUGUAAUACUAAAUUAGUUGUUAUCCUCAUCACAUUUCCUGUGACAAAUAUUUAAUAGAAACAGGCAUUGUCAACUAACCCGCUUGGUAGUUUGCACGAAGAAUGUGUUUCCGAAGGGAGUCCUGGCAAGGAGGUAGCUGGUGUGACUCCAGUUCCCCAUUCUUUGCACAGAACAGCUCGUAUCGUGCAUCAUUCACGUGGCUGGUUGUGUUGCCGACUGGUAUGUACAUGGAGCAGGUGAACUUCUCAAGCAAAGUGUAAAGGUCCUCUGAUACUGUCCAGGACUGGCCAAGCUCUCGGAACGCUCUUCUUGCGCCUUCAUUGCUUUUAAGGAUUUUAAGAGCCCCUAUCUUUCCUUUACCAGCAAAGGCACUUACUGAAUCGCACCCUGUAAAAGAAUGCAACCCAAUCAGUGCCUCGCAUAUCUCUCGCCCGGUUCUCUGAACUGCUCCUUUGAUGUCGACAAGUCGCGUCCUCGUUCUGGAACCGCACUUCAUAUAGAGUCUAGUGUUGAUAAUGCUUGAGAAGUUCAAAAGCAAGACAAACACGUCUGUGUCUUCUGAGAUCACUGCGACUGCUUCAUACCCCUCCUGGGCAGCAUGUUUAGCGUGAAGCAGUAGACGAGUGUCAGCUUCCUCCUGGUUACUUGUCAGCUCUGCCACAUUCUCGCUUCCCCUUUCAGUUAUCUUCCAGCAUUCGCUCUCGGCAGUAACAAACAAUGUUUUUCCUUUCAGCCUUCUCAUGCAGUCUUCUUCUCUCCAUUCUCUGGAAAUGAACUUGAUUAGACUUGUCUUGUUCUUGACCUCCGACAGGAACUUUCUCCACUGCUUGACCAGCUGAGUAGAACUUAUAUGCGACAGUUGAACUCCCGCAACUUCUCCACGCAUGGUUCUCUCUGCGUUCUUAAUUGACAUAUCUCUGUAUGUAUCGAAAACCACGUCGAUUCUGUUGCUCUGGGAACCUUCGUGAAGAACUUUUGUUAGAAGAGAAGAAGCAACCAUUGCGAAGGUUGUCUGUCCUCCACCAACGCUCAACUUCUGAACUAGACUCAUACCGUCGAUAAUAGCAGCUGAGUUCUGCGGAAGGCCAUCAGCUAACGGUACAUCCUUUUGGAGGGGAGUCGCCAGCGCUGCUUUGUUUGUUUUUCGAGGAAACCCUUCUGUAGUUGCUAAAGACCACGGUAAUGGCCCCAAGCUGUACUGUAGCAGUUCUCUCACAUCAAUCUUCCGGCUCUGACCAAUGAUUAUGAUCCGCCCAAAAAGAGACCUAUCGGCUUUCAAGACCAUCGUCCUGCCGUCGGUGGAAACCUUUUUCUUCUGACUAAGGGAAGAAAAGGUUUUCAGUUUGUUCAACUUCAUUGUGUCAUGAAAUUUCUUCUGUGGUGGAGACGAUUCCAGACGUUGCUCUUUGAACACUUGAUAGGCCUCUUCGCCGACUUUUCGAGCGUUCAAAAGGUCUCUAGUUACAUCUUCAGGCGCUUGUUUGGCAGUGGAUAAACUCACAAGCUCUUUCCUCUCUGUGAAGGGAUUGUUCCAGCCUUCAAUCAGACUCUCUAUUGUUGUUACUGCUUGCUCGUCUUUGCGCUUCCUGGUAGACAGCAUUUCGUCAUGAUGAUAGGAUGGGCGCUUGACUUGAACCAUGUCUCUCAAAUGAGCAAGAAAGGAGCAUCGGUACUCAGCUGUCAUGUAGAAUCUAGUUACCGCUCCUGUCUUUAGACUAUACUUGGUAAUGCCCCCACUUGACUUGGUGUCCUUGUUGACAGUGACUUCCGUGGUCUGGUCUACAGGGAUGCGCCCAAAAGGGCUUUCUCCAGCAAGUUGAACGGAAAAUCUUCCAUUCAUGAAGUUGGAAUACACGUUCGGGUGUUCGGAGGGGAGAUUUAUCAUCUGAGCGUAGUAGACAGGUAGAUACCUAGCAUAGUUUAUUUUGUCGUACGCGAAGCACCACGGGAUCAUGUUACGAAUGGCGUAGAGAUGUAGCUGCCAGUUACCUUCACGAGAUGCUCGAAUCAAUCCAAGUAGUACAUCACCGACAAUGUCAAUGUACGACAUCCAAAAGCAGGACAGUGGGCCAUUCUCAGAGCGCAGGUAUUGCAAGUAUUGCAUCCAAAUCAGGUGAAUUUCUUUGAAAGGAUCACUGUUCAAAAUACUUUCACACUGUCGGAGUUCUACUUCAUUGACCAUGUCGCUGACCUUGACUUGGAGGACACGUAGUUUACCCACUUUGUCUGCAUGGUUAACUGUUAGCCAUGGCACAAACUGCUUCCAUACGAGUCGCAUAAGAGCUUCGUAGAUGUACUUGUGGAUGCGAACAGCACGAUUAUACACCUUCCCUUCCAUAACACCACACACGGAUCCUCCAGCUAGUAUGCCAGAUUCGAUACAGACAUCACUCAAGCCUGCAUCUUGAAAGCGCUUCCCUAUUAUGGACAGUAGGUUGCAGAUUGUAUGAAAUGUUCCUAAGCGAAGAAUGAUUUUCUCAUAAAGCUCUCUGUUUUUCCAAGCAACCUCACAUGCUUUGGCAUAUAAUGCUUGAUCCAAUACAACGACGAUCUGGUCUAGAUAAAGCCUUUUCCUGAUGUCUUCGGACUGGCGCAGGAUUUCAUUAACGGUGCUUAGCUCUGUCGCUGGGGCAUUAAUUGUUGGUAAAUAAGCCACCACGUCCUCCCGCACAUCCUCCUUGCUUCGCGUUUGAACAUGAAAACCGGUCCAGCUUGGUACCCUCUGGUCCUCUACAUGGGUCUGGCGUGCCACAGCCCAGGUCAGAUUCCAUGCUUGAGCAUUACGAGCUUCUGCUUCCUGGAUGUUCAUCAGAUUGCUGCUCGCUUUAAUACGACCUGGACCAACUCUUUCACCAGCGAUGUACGUGGGCAAAGGUUGCUCUUCGUGGAUGAUACUCCUCUGCUUCUGCUUCAAAAUUGGAGGCAGCUGUGGAGCUGGUAGAUGUGGCCCAAAGACUCUUGGUUGCACCGCUAUUCCAUUAACUCUGUGGGUUGUACCCCCUCCAGUCAAGGUUUCCUCUAGGCGAUCGAUGUUGUCCCAAGCUAAAUUGGUAAAAACGUUUGGUUGAAUGGUUCCUGGCAGUAUUGUAGUCUGAUUGAGGUUAGCAGCGAGUUUUUGGAGACAUAAGGCUGUAUCAUUCUCUUCUAGCUGGGAAUACGACACGCCAUGGCCAAAUCUAUUGAGCAUACGGAUUAAUUCUACAUUGCCAGUCAAAGUUUUGACUCCAUACGAUAGGAGAAUCUGCUUAGGUGGUUUUGUCCUGCCGCCGGUCACUGCAUAAAUAAUAUCUUGACUGAAGGACUCAAGUAACAUUUUCACUCUUGGUGAGGGAUUCUUCACGUCACGAUUUGAUGUGAGUAGUCCUAUCAAGAAGCGACGAAGACAUUCUGGUACAGGAAACUGAUCAACGGAUAAAUCGGACGGGAGAAUAGGCCAGGGCAUAGUCCACUUCAUAUCUAAAAUCACAUUUCGCAAGUGUUCAGCGCUCUGAUCGACGAUCGUUUGCAUUUCUGUUGCUUGGGACUUAAAACUCAUUACUUCCUUUUCCAGGUUAACCAUCUUCUUUACUGUUUCCUUGAUAUCCAGGUUUGCAGGAAUAACCAGUAGCUUUCCCUUUUCAUCUGGAAAAAUUUCCAAAGUGGAACCAAACUCUGACUCUAGUUUCUUUCUCAGGUGUUUCUUCGUUGAUUCCUGAAGCUUCUCUGUACCUCUCGAUUGAAGAAAAGAUUCCAGCUUCUUUGUUAACUCAAUCAUAGUUACCACAACCUGCGCAUCUAAAACAUCAGUUCUAAUAAAACUAAAUAAAUCUGAAAAGGCAUCAUAUUCAGCAUCAUUCUUGGGUUCGCUUUCCUCUGGGUGCUGCUGAGAGGUGGGCCUUGUGUAGUCACGGUAGCACGUUCUAUGAUAGUGUGCUUCUGCUGCAACGAUAUCUCUACUUGUAAUUGCCAGGAUCCGCUCGUCACAUCUCUCGGUAGCUAUCUGGCGCAGAGUCUGGUCCACCCUUAGCUGAGUAGCUUUUACCAGCUUUUCUAGUGUACGGUUUACAUACUUGGGUCUCUCACAGAAAAUGCAUUCUUUAUAGUAGACACGAGAUGCGGAGGUCGCACUUCUUUUUCUGGGCCUUUCAAGUAGAGUUUCAUCUUCAUGAGCAUCCUCUUCCAAGGCACGUUUUCUUUUGAGCGACUCUAAAUCUCUCUUGAUGGUAAAUGCACUGCGACAUUUCCUAUGGUAGAAUAUUUCAGGCACUUCCCCUUCUUGAGCAUUUCUCGCAAUUUGAAGGAGGGCCUCAUGUUUUCGAAUCUCUGCCGCCUCUAACAGCGUUGCCCACGAAUCAUAACUUUGGGGGCUUAUCAAAUGGUCAUCGUCAACUUUCAAGCCUUCCUUGUGAAUAAUGCAAUAUUUACUUUUACGAACGGUUGCUGACAUUUCCUUUAUAAGUCGAAUGAAAAAAGACAAAGCCUAUUUUAGCAGAUUUCAGCCUAUAGCUUUACAAAUUACCAGUUUUGUGUGUUAUUUGUUAGUUGAGUAGUAAAAUAUGUGACAACAAAGUUCCAAAUUUCCUAUCAUUAUAUAUGACAGCAAAAUUCACCAUUUUUACCGGUGCAGUUGCCCUUAAUGAUCACUUAAGAAACCUUAUUUUUAGUUAAAAAACACACACACACACACUGAUCUAAAUUUCCAGUAGUUUGAUGGUCUUGACUCUCCUCGGCGGCCAUCUUGAAAAUUUCGUCAGUAAUGUACACGCUAAGGCUCGUUAACCGCAACUAAAACGAUGUAAAUCAGAGGAUUAUAGCCAAAUGUAAUCAUUAAGUUAGAUUUUUUUAGUUAAAAGAAGGUCUACAGUAUAUCAAAAAGGGUGAAGUCUAUCAUUCUGUUUGUGGCCGCCAUCUUGAAAACUUACAGAUAUUACAAAGGUGAAAAUAUUGACUAAAAUAAUGACUUUUGAGACUGAGAUUAAAGUAACAAGGGUAUCAGUUGAAGGCAAAAUGACCUUUGUAGCGUAAAACAUAACUUUUGAAAGGCAACAAUGUAAAAAAGUAUGAGAAAUUCCCGAAUUUUGAAACUUACCUCUGGUUCGAAGAGAGCUUACUGGAUGAUGUCAGCGGUUGGUACUGUGGGCUCAAGUCACAAAAAUUACACAGGCAGCCCAGAAAACGAAAGCGAAGUGCUGGGAUUUAAUGUUUGAAUUGGUUAUCUUAAUUUUUAAAUGACUUUUUCCUUUGUUUGGGUACUCCAUAAGAAAUUUGUGUCAUAAUUUUCUUCUUCCCCUCCCCCCAAAGGUCGGAGACGAGUCACUGACAAUUUUUGAAAUAAAUUCUGCGGCCUCAAGCUAAAAUUCAGAGCACAAGAAUUGUUUGCAAUGGAUAAUUAAACAUGUUUACGGAUAAUUAAAGGCAUCCUUUAAAGGAUAAAUACUUACUACAGUAAAGCGACGCACCGACCCACCCCUCCCCCCAAAAAAACACAGAAGAUGGCAAUUUGACCAAUGCUAUCACACAUAUUUAUAAACUAUAGGCUAAGUACAUUAAGAAAAACCACCGUACUGUUUGUCCAUCAAUAUGGUACCGACACCCCCCUUGGCUCAUACACUAUUAAGUGUAUUCCACUUUUAUGCCCCAUAAAACAAUAUUCUGUUGAAACCUCGGGUUCCCCAAUUGGAUUUAGUAUCUAUGAACUUUUCAUUGAGGAGUGACAGGACGAGCCUGGAUAUUUCCUGACGCUCCGGUCGUUUCGCUACAUCAUAAAGUCGAUUUGCUGCAACUAACUUUUCGUAUUAAACAGUUUAAAACAAUUUAGAAUAAACUACAAACGGGUAAGCGGCUUCACUGCGCGGAGAAACGUUCACGACUUUGUAGCGAAACGACUGUAUUCUGGGCGAAUCACUUAGGCAUCAUAAUCAAUUAUGCAUUGGCGAAAGAAACUAAUAAAAAAUUCAGCUGCGAUUCCAGUGCAGUGCUCUAACCAAUUGAGCAACUGCGCAAGUCGCGUCUUUAACUGCGAUGAUCGUCUUUGCAUUUAUUUCUUCAUUCUUUCAACUUGUUCCCAACAACACGCGCGCUUAUGGGGUAUUUUAGGGUCAAAUAACAUCUGGCAAUAAAACUGUUUCCUGCUGAAGGUUUUUGAGCAAGCAACAUCGCAACAUCUAUGACAUCAGAGGAUUCUCGCUACGAGGCUAGCCGUGCAUAUGUAAAGCUUUUUAAAUCUCCUAAAAAAAAUGGCCGCCGCGUGAGAAAGGUCUAUUAUUUCUUCUUUUUUUUUUCAGUGUACAUGGGAGGUACACAGCGUCCGUCCUUCUUACUGGCGUUACCUGAAUGUGGUAACAGGCAAGAGGUUGGAGCAAACACAUUAUUCUCUUAUGUAUUAUCUAAAUGAUAAUUAAACUGUUGUGUUGUACAGCGUAACAAAAAUAGCACUUAAAGUACACUGCUAGAAUACUCUAGAGAGGUAGGCAUGUCAUAUAAAUGAAUGCUAGAGCAAACCCAUUACUUGGACAGGGAGAGAGUCAGUUCCCUUCUUCGUUGACUCUUCGGCGCCUCUUAAAUGUCUUUGGCAAAUUUUUCGUCUCGUUUUGUUCAACUUGGAACUGCCCUUCUGUCUAAAAAGGUGUGACGGAUAUGGCGAACCGUAUAAACUAAUGGGCUAACCUUAAGCCUACAUUGUAUAAUUCGUGCUCUUUUUUUAAUGAAAAAAGGCCUCUGUUUCGUUCUUAGUACUCAGUGAAAUCCAAGUCGUUAACACACUACCAAAGACAAUGCUAGCAGUUAUACGUUUAAGUUGGCAUGCAGGUACAUCAGUGCUCGACUUUCAGAAAAAAAUCUUAGGGCCAACUGGCCCCCAAGUUUUCAUUUUUGGUCGUCAGAACAAGUAUUCUAGUCGCCAAAAAUUAUAUUUAAGAACUAAUGGGAUAAAAUUAACUUAACAUCUUUAACUUAGCCUUAACAGAGAAUGAAUGGUUCAGACUUUCUUUGAACUUUCUUUCGAAUGGUUUUCGCUGACGCUCGAUUACCAGCCGGUGUUCUGUAAAAUGAAUCCGCACUCAAGCGUAAAUCUCCUCAAACAGGUAUUCAAGCUCAAGGUUCAGGAAAUGGAAUACACAUUAAAAAAACAAAAUUUAGGAAUCACAAAAAAACUUAUUUGGGUUAUGAAAACGUAGCUUAGAUUGUUGGAAGAAAUCGUUAAAGCCUUUAGACAAAUCGUUAAAACGUUUAGACAAACCGUUAGAGCGUUUGGGCAAAACGUUAGAGCAUUAGAAAAACCGUUAGCUAUCCGUUAGUUGUGUAAAGGAUAGCAAGUUAUCAUUAGUGUACGUUUACCCAAAGAAGAAAGUCACCUAUCUUGGGGGCCAGGUUGGCGACCAGGCGUGAAAAUUUAGUCGCCACUGAGUAAAAGCUGGUCGCAUUGGCGACCCCACGGGUCGCAACGUCGAGCCCUGUACAUGCAAUAACAAGGCGGGGAAUUGAGCAGUUAAGAAGUCCUUUCAGGUCCAAGUUGUUCUAAAGGUGGAUAGCGCUAUCCACUGGAUAAAUUACUAUCCUAAGGAUAGCGCAAUUGGUUUUCGUAAUACUUAUCCUAUGGAUAGUGAUUUAUCCGGUGGGUAGCAUUAUCCAAUUUUUGAACAACCGGGGCCAGAUCUUUUUCUUUUAUUUCCCAUGAAAGUAGCUGCGCAUGAUCCUCAUGGUACCCGGGGAAAUCCUCAUUGCCGGCCCUGAAUGACAGACAUGCGUAGAUAAUCUUAAAAGAAAAAAGCCAAGAUCAUAGACUGAUAUUCAAUUAAAAGAUAAAAAAAAGCUAAUACUGGAAAAUGUAUAAAUGAUUCUGAUGUUGUGUGGCGAGCCAAAAGGGCGUCUGUGUAGGUGCCUGAUCCUGAACUGAUCAGUGUUUCAGAAUGAUUUUUUUUUUGGUUAAAAAUCGCCGGGCCGAAAAGUGUAUAGUUUUUACUACAUAGUUGAUUUUGUAGUAUUCUAUGAAAACCACAAGUUAAAAUUUCUUUAGCUGAUAAGGUUUCCACCUUGCCUUUUUGUAAAUACAUUUAUGGUAGAUCAGGCAAGCAGUGAAAUCCAUAUAAUGGUCGCACCAUUAAUAUAUUAUACCAUUCGAGUUUGAAUGUAAAUAUUGGUGUUUGUUUCACACAGAGUAGUCUCAGAUUUAGAUCAUUUAUCAAUUACUGGAUUAGACUGAGUAUGAUAUGAAUUAUAAAGGUCUUGUAGAGUGUUAUCCGCCGGACUCUGAGGUAGAUAACUCCCUAUUAUUCUGCAUAAUUCCUCGUAUCGUAUUGAAACCGAAUUCAAUAAUCCUUUUAUUAUUCAUUUAGAACAUUUCCAUGGUCAUAACAUUCUUAUCUCUACGUAUAAUUUCUUCAUUAGGUUUCCUUCAGAAAAAAAGUUGAAAUCUUUUAGCAGCUUUUUGUGUAUUGUUGCUUUCUUUUCCAUCGACAAUUUGUUUAUAAGGUCUCCUCAUAUUGUUUCCUUAUUUAAUAUAUUAUAGGACGAUUGACCGUAAUCGGCCAUUGUUGAUUACUUCUCAAACAACGUUUCUUUCAAAUGUGGUCACCGGUAGCUCACUACCAAAAAAAAUAACGGGCAGAUUUAAGCCAAUCAGAAACGGAGAAAUAUUGUAAAUAAAUGUAAAAAGUAAUCAUCCUCGGAGACCCAGGGGUAGCUGAUUCGAGAAUAGAUAUUCAGGGCACUUACUCUAAUUCCGUGAUUCUGAUUGGCUAAAAAAUAUUUUGUAGCCAAUUAAAAGCACGGAAUUUGAAUGCUUCCGAAACUGGUUCGACAAGAGUAUGCGCCUGGGUGCUCUCACGUGACGACAGUGACGAUGGGUUAGCAGAUAUAAAAGAUGAAUUGACCAAUAGCUGAGCGGCAAAUUGAGGCCGGAAGUCAUACUCAGUUUUUUUUGCGCGCGCUUUGCUAAAUUUGCCUUACGUAAACUUUGCAGGGGUUUCCCCGUUAGCUGCCCCCGGUCUCUUAGCAUGAUGCUCAGUAUGUGUUUGCAAAGGAUUAUGAUAGGCGCGUUAAAAGCAGUUUAAUUGUAACAUUAUCUUUAUUUUGUAUUCUACGAGAAAAGCAAUAUAAACAAGAUUACGUAGUAAAUAUUGCCGCAUCCAGUUGUUAUUCUUGUUAAACAAACCUUGAUUCAAAAGUGUGUUAUUAAACGAUCAAGACAAGAGAUGUAAUGAUUUUUUAACCUUGUCUAUCUGUGAUUUGACUCUUUCCCCACACCAAUGUGGUGCACUUAUGUCAGUAUAACUAGAUUCAUGUUAAUUAAGAGUAGAAAACGUGAAUUUCUUCCGGCUGUGUUUAUAGUGCGAAGUGUAAUUAUAUAUCAGAAACAAUGUAACAAUUACAUGUAGAGUCAGACCGAUCAAAUACUGAUUAACAAGCUAUAAGUAUCAUUUUGGUGGUCUUGCCGGAAUUUUUAAACGAUCUGCCGGCUGCGUGUUUAGGUGUUUAGUUAGAGUUAACAAGUUUUGUUAGGUAAUGUUUUUUAGUUUAGGGAUAUAGAAAGUAAGUUGAGAAACGUUUACAAAUGUUUCUUUCUUAUGUGCAUGCAGGUUUUGUGAGAUAAACAGAGCAAAAAUUGAUGAGCUGUAUGGCACAGACAGCACCAGAUUAUUCCCAAAGGAUGAUUUGUACAAGUCAUUAAACAGGAAGAGGUAGAUGAAGCAUUAUUGACUUUCAUUCCCUGUACCUGCGUUACCCUUAUCCAGCGGAAAAGCGCUCUUUGACUUCCAGCUGUAAGUGGACGCCCAUGCGCAGCAAGCCCUAGAAUUCGGAAGGCCUUUGAUUUUAGCAGAGCUUCUCGUUGAUCGUUUGACUGGAUAAGAACAGCACUGGGAACGAUAGUAAAUUUGAUCAGUGAUUCAAUAAGAAAUGGCAGAUAACAUUUUAUACAUGUGUUGGACAGGCAGUUUAUUUAGAAAAUUGUAACUUAAGGCUGAAAUAUAAUUUAAAGUACAAAUAUUGAAAAGUUCAAUUAAUUAAAUGCGCACGCUAUAAGAUUUCUUAACAGGUUGUACGUAAGGAACUCAAACUUGAUUGUAGUCGAUUCAUUUGCGUCUGUUUCCCAUAUAGUUACAGAGAGUGACUUUGCCAGUCGUUAUUCCGGUGGUAGAUAGUAGCUGAAUGCUCUUAGCGGUUUGUAGCGUAGGAUCUUAUAGUGUACCACAGACUAUUUCUUUAACCGAUAGCUUGAUGGCGAGGUAUUGUUAGGCCAAGCUUAGACGCAUUUCAAAUGCAACGCCACUCAUGCGCCGUACAUUGGUGCGCAUAAAAGCGGCGUUUGAAUCAAAUGCCGAACUGAAAUGAUAAAGUUUUGUAGG